AUGCCGGCUAUGCGGUCGGGACAGCUGUCGGCACCGGCUGGGGGCCAGGGCCCGGGACCUGGGGAGAGCCAGAUGCAUGUUUAUGGACAGAGCCAGUUGCCGCUUCCUGGGGAGAGUCAGGACCCAGAUGUGGGGGAGAGCCAGCUGCCCCGCGAGGGGGAUGAUGUGAUGUUGGGGCUUGAUCAGUUAGCACAUGAUGUCCCCCAGGAUAUGCCUUCGGAUGACGAUCAUGAUGAUGAGCAUCACCCAGAAGAUCAGGCAGGCGAGGAGCAUGCUGGUGACCCAGCGACCGAGCACAUAGCGUUCGACCAGAUUCGGCUGAUGGGGUAUAACCCAGACGGGAGCAUAUAUUUUGAGGUGAUUAAGGACCCUGAGAGAAAUUGGGUGCUCCCGAGGGGUAAGAAAGUUGUGUUGCAGUACAAUGCUGCAACACAACCAGUGGGACGAGCAUGCAAUCGUUAUAGACGGGCUGCAGGCAAGCUGUUACGGAGCGGGUCUCAUAUUCACUUGCGGGACAAAUGGGGAAAGGUAGAUAAACAGGUUAAGCAGGCUAUGUGGGAUGCCAUAAUGCAAGAAUUUUAUGUACCCGUAUCCGUCGACCAGCGCCUGGCACAGAAUGAAUUCUGGGGUGAUAUGGGCCGUAAGCACCGUUCGUGGAAGUCGAAGUUGAGGACCCAGCUAAAUAUUCGAGAUGGUGACACGCCAUUGACAAUACGUGCGAGAAUGCCAGAGACGUUUUUUGAUAAGUAUGACCGAACGGAUGUGGAGGACGUACUGCACGAGUGGUGCACAAAAGUAAAUGUGGAGAGGUCUGAACGAAUGAAGCGGCUGCGGGAGCAGCAAGACAUCCCCCAUAGUCUGGGGUCCAAAAGUUAUGCCAGAUUUAAUCACGAUGAGGCAUCUAUAUCUGGCACGCCCCCCACUCGCGCCGAGUCGUUUGUGAAGACGCACACAAGGAAAGACGGCACUUACCUGAACGAGCGGACACGGGACCUAUGCAUAUGCUACUGUUAUAGGAACGCGAACGGUCCAGCUCAUCAGCUCGCCAAGCUGGCUAUUACCAAUGUUAUAUCUCAAAUUUGGGUUGAUUACCAUCCUGAAUGUAUUGCAUCAAUUGUACUUGCAGAGCAAACGACUCCAAGCGUUGAGUCUAUGCAUCGAGAUAAACUUUCAAUUCCCAAGCGGACGGCUUCUUUAUUUCCAAAGUAG